GACUUCCUUGAUUUUGCUUGGUACAACUUCACUGAAGGUUGAGAUUGAAGAUCUGAUUACUCAAGCUUUCUUCCUUCUCCUAGAAAUUUAGAAUUAAGUAAAGAACGAGAACAUGUUCUCUGACGUCCAAACGGGUCCCUGCGAGCAGCUCUUGCUGUACAAACAGGGGUUAGACUUCCGAUUGACGGAAUUCAAGGAAACCCAAGCGCGCAUACUGCAGACACAAGAGGCUCUAGCAAGGAAAUUUCACGAAGUCAGUGCGGAACACAUCAUCGCGUUGGCGUCUCUGCGAGGUCCCCUUGCUGCAAGGGAAGGCGUUAGCGGAGAUAACGAUCUGGAUGAGAACUUCGAGGCACAAGAUGAGUAUGAGCAAGACCUUGUGGUAACUGGUGCUGGAGAAGCCAGAGAAGCUAGUGGUGACCAACAACAGAAGGGAACGAGAAGUAAUCGAGAAGCACAAGGGAGAGCUAAUAGACGAGCAGCCUUGAUAACGCAAUCUCGCGCAAAGCGACUGAGGGAGCAGACGAAGGAACUGACAGAACAGUCAAGGGCGUUGGAGAGGGAGCGCGCGGACAGAAAACUUCUGAAGUUAUGCAGCCUUGUUUUGUAAAGUAAGUACAGCACUUAUCUCUGCGAUUUGUGGCCGAAUGCACGGUCUUAUGCGCCCCCAGUAUGUAAUUUGGAUGGCAUUAGUUUGAGCGUGUUAGUUAAUUGUUUGAAAGGGCGGUGGCAUAUAGUCCUAACGCAAAAACAAAAACUCUGCAGGUGCUAGGAACAGCAUCGUCAGGGAUACACAUCACAUGCCAUCCUUCUUCUCCCGAUUCUUGCUCGUAGUUUUGAUGUGAUCUUCUGUUGCUUCUAAGAAACGAAGAACUCGUUCGAUUGAGGCACAUUCUCGCCACCAUGCCAAUCCGCGACGGCUUGGAUACGACAGGCUUUCGAGCAGCGACGAAAGAAGACUUCUAUAAACAAGUGAGAGCCGUUACGGUUACAUCAACAGGAGCUGAAGGGUGCGACAAGCCUGACGUGGGAACAGGCACCAAUUCUAUUCCCGCUCGAAACGGCAACCGUUUUUUCGAAGUCGAGAAGAAGAUUGCAGAUAACGCACGAGCUGGAAGUACGAAGGGUAUGCCGCAGUUUUUACGCAACGACGACCAGAACAAUAGUACAACUAGUACAAACAGAGGAGACCGACGUCAGCUCUCGCCUUCGCGGGUACCCCUGCCAGCGACACCUUUUGAUGAAGAUCUGUGACCUUCUGGUGAAAAAAGAAUGUGAAUUCUGUACAGGAGAUCUGCAACAGCAAUGUACAAGAACGAGAAACACUACAGUCAGAACAUAUGUGGAUCUAAACAAGUUUUAAUCUCUGUAUAGAUCCGCUCCGUCCUCGAUUGGGACGCUCUUGAAAAGAAGAUAAUCAUUCAUAAUGAUGAGUGUGUCGUCGUCAGUCUUGAUGAAUUAUGAACAAAAACACUGCGAGAGCAUCUACUAAAAAUCCAAAUCAAUGUCC